GCGGCGAUUUGCUCGAAAUUUGUUCGUCUUCCCCCCUCGUGGUGCAAGGGUGAACUUCGGGGUUAAAGCGGCAGCGAGGAGUCGUUGCCCGCCUUGCUCGAGAAAUCUCGACUUGGCCCCUAAUUUUGGGUGUCGCUGAGCAUUGUCGAAUCUGUGAAUUGACAGAUUCUGCGCGUCAAUCACAUACAGCUCGAAAUUGGAAGCUGAGAGUUUCCGUCGGCCAUUCGUAGAGGAGAAAGAUGGGUUUCAAGGGUACCAAAUUGGAGAAGAAGCAGAACUACGACAAGAAGUUGUGUGAUCUGCUCGAGCAGUACACUCAGGUGUUGGUCUGCGCUGCCGACAAUGUCGGCUCCACGCAGCUGCAGGGAAUCAGGAAGGGUCUCAGGCCCGACUCCGUGGUACUCAUGGGGAAGAACACUAUGAUGAAGCGUUCUAUCCGACUCCAUGCUGAGAAGACAGGAAAUGACGCCUACCUCAACCUGAUGACCCUUCUUGUGGGAAAUGUUGGUUUGAUUUUCACCAAGGGAGACCUGAAGGAAGUUAGUGAGGAAGUGGCCAAGUACAAGGUCGGAGCACCUGCUCGUGUGGGUCUCGUCGCCCCCAUCGAUGUCGUGGUUCCCCCUGGCAACACCGGUCUUGACCCGUCUCAAACAUCUUUCUUCCAGGUCUUGAACAUUCCAACCAAGAUUAACAAGGGUACCGUCGAGAUCGUUGCCCCGGUUGAGCUUAUCCACAAGGGAGAGAAGGUGGGAUCGUCCGAGGCCGCCCUGCUGUCGAAGCUUGGAAUCAGACCUUUCUCAUACGGUCUGGUGGUGCAGUCCGUGUACGACAACGGAUCAGUGUUCAGCCCUGAGGUUCUGGACCUGACAGAGGACGAUCUGUGCGCGAGGUUCGCUGCCGGAGUGUCGAAUGUGGCCGCUCUGUCGUUGGGCAUCAGCUACCCGACUCUGGCCGCCGCUCCCCACAUGUUCGCCAACGCGUACAAGAACGUGGUGGCUGUGGCUUUGGCAACGGAGUACUCCUUCCCUCAAGCCGAGAAGGUCAAGGAGUACCUUGCGGAUCCAAGCAAGUUCGCAGCUGCCGCACCCGCUGCCGCCGCAGCAGUGUCAUCUGGAUCUGCUGCCCCUGCCGCUGCCAAGGUCGAAGAGAAGGCUGCGGAGCCCGAGGAGGAGUCUGACGACGACAUGGGUUUUGGUCUUUUCGACUGAGAUCAUUUGAAUCCACGAUCCAUUUAGCAGUUAACUCAUUGGCCUGAUGCGCUUACUUGUAACGUCGCCUUCUUUAACCUGAAGCCCGCACAAUUUUGCGGUGAGGUUCGCUACGUGUAUAGACUGGAGCCAGAUUUUAGCUCGAAUGGAUUCAGAUGUGCCGCAUUGGAUGAUGAAUGGAGUGAUUGAAGUGGUUGUCCACGUCUUUCUUGCUUUGUUGAUAUGGUGAAGAGUUAUGAUGGACUGAAUGUGACUACUGUCGCGAGGGGAAGAGUUAA